AUGGAGAAAAAAGCUAAAAUUACUAGAAGUAGAUUUGGCUGUAAUGUUUGCAAAAGACUUAAGAAGAAGUGUAAUGAAGGGAAACCAUCUUGUGAUUAUUGCCUCAAAAAAGGAUGUCCAUGUGAUUACUCAAAAACUUUAAUAUGGGGUGGAAGACCAUUUAAAUCAAAGAAAGUGAAAUCAGAAUUUGAAUCUCCAGGUAAUGGAUUUCAUGAAUAUAAUAAUCAUAAAAAUAAAGGAAAUCAAAGUAUUAAAUUUGUUCAUCAAAAUUUCACGACUAAUAAUCAAAACUAUUCAGAAACUUACGCAACACCAAUAUCAAUAAACGGGUCCAUUGAUAAGAGGCGACGGGAGGAAGAAUUUGAUGAAUCUCAACCACUAAAAAAACAAACAACCGACCAGCAAUCAAUGGCUACUUCACCUCAGAAUUCAUUUCUCACGCCCAGUGGGUACUCAAUAUUACAAGAUGAUUAUACAACUAAACCUCAAUAUGAAUAUGUUCAACAAACAAGUACCCCAGUUACAGAUCAGUCUCAAUUUUUCACGUUCCCUCCAGGCUUUGAUCAACUCUCGAAUGAAAUUGGAAGAAUAACAGCAGGCGAAAUACAAUUUCAACUUCAAAAUCUGGACAUUUUUCAAGAUUACCUUCAACAUCCGCAAAACAAUAAUGGUCCUACUGAGAAUUCAUUAUUUGAUAACUAUUCACAAGAUUUGGCCAAAGUUGAAGAAUAUAUGCCUACAACAACGAACAUAUUAGAUACAAUGCCUUUGAUAAACCGUCCAUCUUCCGUUAGACAUCUAGAUAAUGAGUCAAACGAUACAUUAACUGAAUAUGAACUUAUAGAAAAAGUUCUCAACAAUAUUCCAACGCAACUCGAUCCCUUGCCGUCGUUGUUAUUAGACAUACCUUUUUAUAGAAAUUUAUUACAUUUUUGGGUUAAUAUUGCAUCAACUCAUUUUGUUCCAGUCCCUACAGAGAUUUAUACUGAUAAUCCAUUCAAAUCUAUUUUACCACAAAUGGCUAUGCUGGUUCCUUCUAUACUUACAGUUCUAUUGGCAUUUUCAGCCAAAAUAAAAGCACAAUUAGUUGGUGAUAGUGGAAUACCAGAAUCAAUUAUCGAUGUGUUAUUAUCAAGAUCAUGUAAUGAACUACUAAAACUACUUCAAGAUAAGAAAACCGCCACAUCAGAUGAAGCAUUAGCUACGGCUUUAUUAUUAUCUUGUUUUGAAAUAUUUAAUUCAAAAGAUUUUAGUCGACAUAGAGCUCAUACUGUUGGAGCUAGACAAAUUAUAAAAGCAAGAUCAUUUGAACCAUUAACUAAAAAUAAAUUAUCAAAUAGUGAAAAAGAUAUUAAAUUUUUUUUAUUAAGGUGGUUUGUAUAUAUGGAUGUUAUCGGAGCUUUAUCAACAACCAAAAAUUCAGAAGAAUAUUUAUUGAUUUCCGAUAUAAACAAUUAUGAACCAAUAAAUUCAUUUAAUAAUAUACUAAAAGUUGAAGACGUACAUGCGGCUGAGCAAAUAGAUUGCUUAACAGGAUUUGAUUUAAAAUAUUUAUCGCAUUUUGCUAAAAUCACUUUAGUUGCAAGAAAGACUAAAGAAUUUUUAAAUAAACCAGGAGCAAAUAGAAAAGCAAUUCCACUGGAGAUAGUAUGUCAAGCAUUAGAAAUAAAAGAAGCAUUAAAGGACACCUGUGUAAAAGAUCAUGAUUUUUUACAAAUGAAUCAAGAAAAAUUAUUCAUCAAUAAUGAAUUAAAUUCCAAAAUUCAAGAAAUUGAAAUAUUAAAGUAUACAAAUAAAAUAUUUUGCGAUGCAGGUAUUAUACAUUUAUAUAGAAGAGUGUUGUUAAUCCCUAGAGAAUCUCAUUUAGUUCAAGAAUCAGCUACAAAUAUUGGAAUAUUAGCAAAACAAAAAAUUCCACCAAAAUCACCAACUGAAAUAUGUUUAAUUUUCUGCUUCUUCACAGCAGCUUGUGAAACUUUAAAUAAAGAUUUACAAAACUUUUUUGAAGAAAGAUUUAAUGGAUUAUGUGAAUUAGGUAAUAUCAAUGCAAGAAAAAGUUUACAAAUUAUGAGAAAAUGUUGGGAUUCGGGAGUUGAUUGGAUUGAAGCUGCUAAAACUUUAGAUCUUGACUUUGCAUUGUUUUAA